AUGCUCGGUCAACAUCUGCUACCGCUCAUAACCUGGGUCCUGGCUCUGUGCGACAAGCCGAGCUUCACCGGCGCAGCCCCUAACAAUCAUGGCCUCAUCUUAGCUCGAGCCAUAGUGAACCCACCUGAUGAUAUCACCUGUACGAGCAAAGACUAUGAUUGGUAUUGGCCUUGUACCGUGCCAUGGUACGAAUUCCCCAUUCGACGCAAUGGACAGAUCUACGAGGGAGGUUAUGCCGGGCCCGAUCGAGUCGUCUUCAGCAGUCUCGCUGUUGGCUCACCUGAUACCGUACUGUGCGGCAUUAUCACACACUCCGAUCGUACUUCCGGCCAUGAGCUCUGUGGUGCGGCGCCUGAGCCACCUGCGCCUGCGCCGACGUCCCCUCCACCAUCGCCGUCGCCGCCGCCGCCACCAACGCCGCCACCCACUUGUUCGACUGCCCAGACCCCCCUACAGGCAGCCACCCUUGUGUCUGCUCUGGAUGUGCGUGUUCCGAUGGCUCCACGAGAGCAUGUGAUCGAAAUGGCAAAUGUGUUUAGUGAAGAACUGUUCUUGACCUGA